AUGGAGUCUAUCUCGCGCAUCUCCUCGAUGCUAGAAACAGCUCGGGAACUCACUAUCGAAGCAGCUCAAAGCGCCACCAAUGCCAGGGGCGCGUUCAGGUCGACCUCCUCGCACCGUCCCGCUACGUUCUCGCAGAUCAAGAAGCUCCUCGACAGCAGGAGUGAUAGGGACAUAUUAGACGGCCUUCGAAAAGUCAUAUCAUUAAUGUACAGGGCCGAAUCGUGUCUCCCUUUCUUCUCAUCGGUUGUGAAGAACGUUGCAAAUCCAAACAUCGAGGUUAAGAAACUGGUCUAUAUAUACCUGCUUCACCAUGCCGAGGCCGAACCUGACCUUGCGCUCCUUUCGAUCAACGCCAUUCAAAAGUCCCUGACCGAUCAGAACCCCCAAGUGCGCGCCAUGGCUUUGCGGACAAUGUCCGGAAUCAGGGUUCCCGUGAUUAGCCAAAUUGUCUCGUUGGCCAUUAAACGCGGGUGUGGAGAUAUGAGUCCCCAUGUUCGCAAAGCUGCCGCCCUAGCCAUCCCGAAAUGCUACAGUUUAGACCCGUCUACGUUACCUCAGCUUUUGGAAUGCCUUUCUACGCUCCUAGGGGACAGCCAGUAUUUUGUCGCGGGGCCUGCGGUGUCGACGUUUCUUGAAGUGUGUCCCGAUCGGAUCGACCUAAUCCAUAAACAUUAUCGGAGCCUGGUUAGGAAGCUAGUGGAUAUGGAUGAAUGGGGUCAACUUGCAACCCUACGAUUAAUGGUGAUAUAUGCCAGGAAAUGCUUUCCUAGGAGAACAGAAAGAAUACGGAUUACCACUUCAAAGGAAUUUUAUGAUGAUGAUGAUGAGGAGGAAGGCAGUAGAGAAGCUCAGGAGUAUGGCGAAGAGGUCCUGAUAAUCGACCCGGAUCUCGAUCUCCUUCUCAAAACGUGUAAGGCUUUACUACAGAGCCGGAAUGCCGCUGUAAUAGUGAGCGUCGUCUGCCUCUUUCUCUAUGUUGGAACGCCUGCGCAUCUAGAAGCCGGAGUUGGACCACUGGUCGCCCUACUACGCAGCCCGCAGGAUAUUCAACAUGUUGCGCUCUAUAAUAUCAUCUGUGUGGUGCUCGUUGAUCCGAAACCCUUCGUGAAAUACACUUCUCAUUUCCUAAUACGGUCGUCCGAUGUUCCGCAAAUAUGGAGGUUAAAAUUAGAAAUCCUGACUAUCCUCUUCCCCCACUGCGGGAUGCAUCUUAAAGGCAUCAUUCUUAGUGAACUAGAGCACUUUUCAUCAAAUGAAUCGCAGCCUGACCUCGUUCGUGAAAGCGUACGGGCAAUUGGUAGAUGUUCACAGAGUGACGCUUCCACUGCCGCACGAUGUCUUCGCAUUCUCCUGAGUCAAAUAUCUAGCGCAGAUGAUAACCUUGUCUCAGAAGCUCUAACUGUCAUUAGGCAUCUUAUCCAACAGGAUCCAGCAUCGCACAAGAAGACAGUUGUUAUGUUAGCUAAGCACCUAGACACGACAACCAGCCCCGAUGCAAGGGCCAGUAUAAUAUGGCUGGUGGGCGAGUUUGCAGGAGUCGAUGUGGGCAACAACAUUGCCCCAGAUGUCCUACGAAUUUUGGCAAAGGGCUUUGCGGACGAAUCCGAGGCUGCAAAGCAACAAAUCGUCCUCCUAGGCGCGAAGGUCUAUCUUCACCACCUUCUCCAUAAAACCCAAAACACCGAACGUACGACCAAUGAUACCGAUGACCAAAACCACGGUUAUAAUUACGACACCCCACACCCCCCAAGCAAGGAAGAGGAGGAGGAAGAUCCCAUCGCAUUGUUGUGGCAAUACAUCCUCCUCCUAGCCCGCUACGACACCUCUUACGACCUCCGUGAUCGCACCCGCCUCUAUAAAUCCCUCCUCGCCGUCCCAAGCUCGACACAGCUCGCCAGCCUCCUCCUCCUCGCCCCCAAACCAGUCCCCUUCACACCAUCCCCAUCCGAAACGUGCAAGGAUCUGCUCCUGGGCACAUCGACGCUGGUCUUAGGACCUGAGGUUGGCAUUCACGGUCUUCGGGGUUAUGAGCCGCUUCCUGACUGGGUAAAGGCUGGUCAGGAACCCGAUCCUAAACUCCGCGAAGAUGACGUUGGCAAGGCUGUGGGGAUCGAGAAGUGGAAUCUUACGGCUGGGGAGAGGUUGGAUCAUGCGCUGAAGGAAUAUGGUGUUGAGGCGGGAAAAGGUGGACUGAAUGGGGGGUUGGUGGGGAGUGGGAAGAAGACGCUUGAUGAUUGGCUGGCGGAGAGUAGUGAGGAGAGUGAAGAGCCUGGAGAAGAAGAGGAGGAGGAUGAGGAAGAGGAGGAAGAGGAGGGAAGUACGGAGGAGGGAAGCACGGAGUAUGAGAGCGAAGAGGAAGAAUCCGAAGAGGAAGAGAGCGGGGAGGAUAAGGAUAAGUCGGGGGAUGAGUAUGAAGAGGAAGGCGAUCGAACAGAGCCAGAUGAUGAAAGGACGCAUCUGGUACGAUGA